AUGGGGGACUCAUGGCAAUUGGCUUUGCACAGCCUUGGUUUCGACCAUCUUCCAUCUGUCCUCGACGGUAUUUCAACUGAAGCUGUUCCAUUUGGUGAGCUAUUGGUUGGGCAUGGUGGUCAGACUUACUACAAUGAUGGGUUGUUGGAGGAGGAAAUCGAUUUCAUGUGCAGAAUGUACUACAUAGAUCUCCGUGAUGGCCCAGAGGUAGUUUCAUGGUGGCCUCGCCCCAACACUUGGAAUGCAUCGGGCUUGAAUGUUGGUUUUUGGUCUGCUUGCUGUGAAGAUUGGUUCCAAGGACGUCUUGGCAACCUUCAAGAGGAAGUUUCCUGCAUGCGACAUUCACUCACUAAGGAUGCCAAUGGUCCAAUGACCUCCACACAAUGGAAGUGCUCCCUAAAAUUUCAACCUGCAACCAAUAAAAUCAUGCGCAACAUUUCAGCAGCAUGUUAUGAUUUCAUGGCAAAAGCAUCAGGUGGUGAGUGGGCUACGAUUGAACAAUGA